UGUAUAAAAUGUCAAGGAUACAACAAAAUAAAAUAAGAAUAAAACAUCAUUGUUGUAAAUAUGUUCUUCAAAUUUUCCAAUCUUUUACUAUCCUAAUCUUCAUUAUUAAUCAUGUCAAAGGCAACAUUUCAUUUUCUAAAGACGGAACAGAUUCGGAAUCAAACGGGUUAAGAAGAUACAGCAACGAGGAGAUUAAUAGAAUUUUUGAUUUGACUAAUAUGAACAGACACAGAAUGAGAAGAAGCACUGAUCUCCGAUUGAUUUCAGCAAGUGCUGAAACCGGUACUUCAUUUCCUUGGAAAAAGCGCUAUUACGUCACGAGAUGGCAUAGAAGAAGAUUUGUCCCAUCUGUCAAUUCAAGGGAAGAUGGAUCUCUACUCACUGCCGUUGAGCUUUCAACAGUGCCUCGACGAUUAUGUGGAAUAAAAUUAACGAACAGAACCAGGGAACUAUGUGGCGAAUGUGGUCCAGCAAACAUGCAGAGGGUUGAAUUAAUGGAUAAAAAAGCUGAUAAAUCAGUUGCAUCUCGAGAACGUCUGACACAAAUGUGCUGUGAAAAGCGAUGCACAGAUGAAGAUAUUCGCUCGUAUUGUUGUAGAAGCUGA